UGACCGAUCCUCUCUCAUCAAUCUUGAUCGUUCACCGAUACGAGAUCAUGAACUACGAUGCUCUUGCGUCGCACCCAAACGCAACCUUCUUCUCUCCAAAAGACCCAAAAGGCUUGUCAAGUCUAGUAAAGAACGUUUUCACUCCUCCCUCUGUGUUGAAUUGAAAAUUUGAUGGGAAGAUCUAAAUAUAUAGUUAUGUAUAUAUAUAUAUAGGCAUCGCAAUGCGGUGGUAGUUGAAUCUCCAUUGGAGAGAGUUGAUUGAUUCGCAAUGGAUGUGGAGAGAUCGUCGUUGUGCAAUUGCGUAGUCAACUUUCUUAUUGAAGAAAAUUACUUGUUGUCGGCAUUCGAGCUUCUCCAUGAGCUUCUCGACGACGGUCGUGACGCUCAGGCCAUUCGCCUCAAGGAGUUCUUCUCCGAUGUCUCUCAGUUCCCUCCCGAUCAGAUCUCUCGCUUCAAUACUCUCCGAGUUGCGGACCCCCAGAGUUUGCUAGAAGAAAAAGAAUCACUGGAAGAAAAAUUGGCAAUGAGUGAAUAUGAACUUCGUUUAGCCCAAGAGGACAUGCUAAAACUGAAGACUGAAUUGCAGAAGAAAACUGAGUCCAAUCUGGAUGAUUUGAGUGGGUCAAAUAGAAAUGCUUCUGCAAUUCAUGGACCAGACUCUCUACAGCGCAAGGACACUUCAUCUGAUUUGGGCCCUUUGAAGGACAAUGAACGUGGAGACCUCAACUGUGCUGUCAAAGAAUAUUUGCUUUUAGCAGGUUACCGUCUCACUGCAAUGACAUUCUAUGAAGAGGUUACGGACCAGAACCUAGAUGUUUGGCAGAAUUCAUCUGCAUGUGUUCCGGAUGCACUGCGCCGUUAUUAUUACCAGUACCUCUCUUCCACUGCAGAGGCUGCCGAGGAGAAAAUUGCCAUGCUUCGAGAAAAUGAGACUUUGCUAAAAUCGAAGGAGAGCCUGAAAAAUGAAAAGGAGUCUUUGCUUAAAAACAAAGAUUUGGCCGAUGGUCAAAUUAUGGCAUUAACAAAAUCCUUGGAGAAUUUACAGAAGGAUGUCAAGGACAAGGAGAUUUUGGUGCAAGAUUUGAAGCAGUCCUUGGAGCGACAAAGAAAAGAGCUCAAUGACUGCAGAGCUGAAAUCACUUCACUAAAAAUGCACAUUGAAGGGUCUCGGUCUGGAAAGAAUCUAGUAGUUGGUGAUACUGAAGAUGUGCAAUCACAGUCUGUAGAAGGCUACAAGGAAGAAAUAAAAUUGCUGCUGAAGGAAAUAGAAAGUUUAAAGGAGAAAAAAUCUAUUUCUACUGAAACAACUAUCAAUUGCGGGAAGGAGUUUGUGGAGACGAAUAAUGAAGUUGAUGAAAUAUGUGAAAACAAUAACAUAUCAUCUUCAGAUGACAUGACAACAGGCGUUUUAGAAACUAUAGAUGCUCAAUUAAUGGGAAAUCGAACCCAUGAUGACACCAAUAACAAACAUGAGAAAUAUUCCGAAGGGAAAUUAUUAAUUUCUCCAAUUGAUAAUGAUGCUACUAAGAAUGAUGAGAAUCUCCCCAAACACAAUGGUGAACCUCCACUAGAAGACAACAGGUUACUUCUAAAACCGGACAAUGUAGUUGGUGAACCUGUUUCUGAGAAAAUGGGUUUCGGAACCAUUCAGAUCCUUUCGGAUGCAUUGCCUAAAAUUGUUCCUUAUGUUCUGAUCAACCAUCGGGAGGAGCUCCUUCCUCUGAUAAUGUGUGCAAUUGAGCGCCAUCCAGAGAGCAGCACACGAGAUUCCUUGACUCACACAUUAUUUAACCUAAUAAAACGUCCAGAUGAACAACAAAGGCGAAUUAUAAUGGAUGCCUGUGUUACGCUUGCUAAGAAUGUAGGAGAGAUGAGAACAGAAACAGAAUUGCUUCCCCAAUGCUGGGAACAAAUUAAUCACAUGUAUGAGGAACGUAGGCUGCUCGUUGCGCAAUCAUGUGGAGAACUUGCAGAUUUUGUGCGGCCUGAGAUCCGGGAUUCUCUCAUCUUGUCUAUUGUGCAACAACUGAUGGAAGAUUCUGCGACCGUUGUCCGUGAGGCUGCUGCUCAUAAUCUGGCUUUGCUGCUUCCACUCUUCCCAAAUAUGGACAAAUAUUUCAAGGUUGAGGAUAUGAUGUUUCAGUUGGUUUGUGAUCCUUCUGGAGUCGUCGUAGAAACUACAAUCAAAGAACUAGUCCCUGCUCUGGUAAAUUGGGGAAACAAACUGGACCAUAUUUUACGAGUUUUACUCUCUCUCAUCUUGAGUGCUGCUCAGCGUUGUCCACCUCUUUCAGGGGUUGAAGGUUCUGUGGAGUCAAAUCUCCGUGUUUUAGGCGAAAGAGAGCGCUGGAAUAUUGAUGUCUUAUUACGGUUGCUGGCAGAAUUGCUUUCGUUUGUGCACCAGAAAGCAAUUGAGACAUGUCCAUUUCCUGCUGUUUCAGAAUCGGUUGGAACAUUAUUUUCUACUUCCCUGCUUGAACUGUAUGCAGGGGGACGUGUGGAAUGGCCUGCAUUUGAGUGGCUUCACGUUGACUGCUUUCCUGAUUUGAUUCACCUUGUCUCUCUUUUACCUCAGAAGGAAGAUAAUUUAAGAAAUCGACUCACAAAGUUCUUGUUGGCCGUUUCUGAACGUUUUGGCGAUUAUUAUCUGAAGCAUAUUAUGCUGCCUGUAUUCUUGGAAGCAGUUGGUGAUAAUGCUGAUUUGACAUUUUUCCCAUCAACUAUUCAGUCAAGAAUCAGAGGUUUGAGACCGAAAUCUGCUAUAGCUGAAAGACUCUCUACUAUAUGUGUCCUACCCCUUCUCUUGGCAGGUGUGUUGGGAUCUCCUAGCAAGCAUGAACAAUUGACAGAGUACCUGAGAAAUCUUCUAGUUGAAAGCACAGUGCAGGAGGGUCAGCCUGGGAAGCGUAAUGACGAAAUUUUCAACUCUGUCCGCUUCCUUUGCACAUUUGAAGAACAUCAUACUAUGAUUUUUAAUAUCUUAUGGGAAAUGGUUGUAAGCUCCAACAUAAAUAUGAAAAUUGGUGCUGCCAGUCUGUUGAAAGUCAUUGUGCCAUAUAUUGACGCUAAAGUUGCUUCAACUCAUGUUUUGCCUGCUCUUGUCACUCUUGGCUCUGAUCAAAACUUGAAUGUAAAGUACGCAUGCAUUGAUUCGUUUGGAGCUGUAGCACAGCAUUUUAAAAAUGAAAUGAUCGUUGACAAAAUACGUGUUCAAAUGGAUGCUUUUCUUGAAGAUGGAUCACAUGAAGCUACCAUUGCUGUGGUCCGUGCAUUGGUGGUGGCCGUACCACAUACAACUGAUAGACUUAGAGAUUAUCUAUUGUCCAAGAUUUUCCAACUUACAAGCACACCACUUCCUUCAAGUGAUGUGAUGCGUCGCCGCGACAGAGCCAAUGCUUUUUGUGAAGCAAUCCGUGCUCUGGAUGCUACAGAUCUUUCUGCUGCUAGUGUUAAGGAUCAACUCCUACCUGCCAUACAGAAUUUGUUAAAAGACUCUGAUGCGCUUGAUCCCGCACACAAAGAGGCUCUUGAAAUUAUUAUGAAGGAUAGAUCAGGCGGAACACUUGAGGCUAUUAGUAAGGUGAUGGGUGCUCAUCUUGGAAUUGCAUCGUCUAUGACCAGUUUCUUUGGCGAAGGUGGCCUUUUGGGCAAAAAGGAAAGUGCAGUCCCGGUACCAGUACCGGCCCCGGCACCAGAGCCUCUUGAGCCCGCAAAGCCUGAUGUGCAAUCCCCGGUGGAGGACACAAGAUUGAGACGAAUCAUGAGGGGAGGUUUCACAGACAUGCUCAGAGGCAAAGCAAAGACUAGUGAAGAAACUCCUCCAAGCCAAUGAAAUCCGACCUUCCAUGUUGUGAUGAGAAUGUUUUUGUUUUCGGUAUAUAAGGCUGAGAAUUUUGUGAUUCAUUGAUAGAAGAAAUAAUUGCUCUUUCUUUUUAGGUUUGGGUCUCCUGCGAAAAGAAAAGGAAUAAUAACUGCCUUCUCAUUAAUUCGUCCAGCUUUUUAAUCAUGUCGAUUUGUUGUUGAAUUGGAAUUUGUAGGCAUUAUAGAUCAUCAUUCGUUGUAAACGCUUUUAUAUGGACUCCGAAGUUGUAAAUUUCUGCGUUUUUGUCGGCUAAUGAAGUGCUUAUACUCC